CCCCUCAGGCUCGACUGCGCCCGGGGCCGCGGGCCGGUACCUGAGGCGGCCCAGGCGCCCUCCCGCCCGCGGCGCCGCCCCGGCCGCCCCUCCCGCGCCCCCUGCGCCUCCGCCCCCGCCUCUUCCCGCCCUCCGCCUCCCUCCCCCUCCCCGCCCAGCGGCGGCCGCUCGGGCCCGGCUCUCGGUUAUAAGAUGGCGGCGCUGAGCGGCGGCGGCGGCGCGGAGCAGGGCCAGGCUCUGUUCAACGGGGACAUGGAGUCGGAGGCUGGCGCUGCGGCCUCUUCGGCUGCGGAUCCGGCCAUUCCUGAGGAGGUGUGGAAUAUCAAACAAAUGAUUAAGUUGACACAGGAACAUAUAGAGGCCCUACUGGACAAAUUUGGUGGGGAGCAUAAUCCACCAUCAAUAUACCUGGAGGCCUAUGAAGAAUACACCAGCAAGCUAGAUGCCCUCCAACAAAGAGAACAACAGUUAUUGGAAUCCCUGGGGAAUGGAACUGAUUUUUCUGUUUCUAGCUCUGCAUCAAUGGACACCGUUACAUCUUCUUCCUCUUCUAGCCUUUCAGUGCUACCUUCAUCUCUUUCAGUUUUUCAAAAUCCCACAGAUGUGUCACGGAGCAACCCCAAGUCACCACAAAAACCUAUCGUUAGAGUCUUCCUGCCCAACAAACAGAGGACAGUGGUACCUGCCAGGUGUGGAGUUACAGUCCGAGACAGUCUAAAGAAAGCACUGAUGAUGAGAGGUCUUAUCCCAGAGUGCUGUGCUGUUUACAGAAUUCAGGAUGGAGAGAAGAAACCAAUUGGCUGGGACACUGAUAUUUCUUGGCUUACAGGGGAGGAGUUGCACGUAGAAGUGUUGGAGAAUGUUCCACUUACAACACACAACUUUGUACGGAAAACUUUUUUCACCUUAGCAUUUUGUGACUUUUGUCGAAAGCUGCUUUUCCAAGGUUUCCGCUGUCAAACAUGUGGUUAUAAAUUUCACCAGCGUUGUAGUACAGAGGUUCCAUUGAUGUGUGUUAAUUAUGACCAACUUGAUUUGCUGUUUGUCUCCAAGUUCUUUGAACACCACCCAAUACCACAGGAAGAGGCCUCCUUAGCAGAGACUGCCCUUACAUCUGGAUCAUCCCCUUCUGCACCCCCUUCAGACUCUAUUGGGCCCCAAAUUCUCACCAGUCCGUCUCCUUCAAAAUCCAUUCCAAUCCCACAGCCUUUCCGACCAGCAGAUGAAGAUCAUCGAAAUCAAUUCGGGCAACGAGACCGAUCCUCAUCCGCUCCCAACGUGCAUAUAAACACCAUAGAACCUGUCAAUAUUGAUGAUUUGAUUAGAGACCAAGGGUUUCGUGGUGAUGGAGGAUCAACCACAGGUUUGUCUGCAACCCCGCCUGCCUCAUUACCAGGCUCACUCACUAAUGUGAAAGCCUUACAGAAAUCUCCAGGACCUCAGCGGGAAAGAAAGUCAUCUUCAUCCUCAGAAGACAGGAAUAGGAUGAAAACACUUGGUAGACGGGAUUCAAGUGAUGAUUGGGAGAUUCCUGAUGGACAAAUCACAGUAGGACAAAGAAUUGGAUCUGGAUCAUUUGGAACAGUCUAUAAGGGAAAGUGGCAUGGUGAUGUGGCAGUGAAAAUGUUGAAUGUGACAGCACCCACACCUCAACAGUUACAGGCCUAAAAUGAAGUAGGAGUACUCAGGAAAACACGACACGUGAAUAUCCUACUCUUCAUGGGCUAUUCGACAAAGCCACAACUAGCUAUUGUUACCCAGUGGUGUGAGGGCUCCAGCUUAUAUCAUCAUCUCCACAUCAUUGAGACCAAAUUUGAGAUGAUCAAACUUAUAGAUAUUGCACGGCAGACUGCACAGGGCAUGGAUUAUUUACACGCCAAGUCAAUCAUCCACAGAGACCUCAAGAGUAAUAAUAUAUUUCUUCAUGAAGACCUCACGGUAAAAAUAGGUGAUUUUGGUCUAGCCACAGUGAAAUCUCGAUGGAGUGGGUCCCAUCAGUUUGAACAGUUGUCUGGAUCCAUUUUGUGGAUGGCACCAGAAGUAAUCAGAAUGCAAGAUAAAAAUCCAUACAGCUUUCAGUCAGAUGUAUAUGCAUUUGGGAUUGUUCUAUAUGAAUUGAUGACUGGACAGUUACCUUAUUCAAACAUCAACAACAGGGACCAGAUAAUUUUUAUGGUGGGACGAGGAUACCUAUCCCCAGAUCUCAGUAAGGUACGGAGUAACUGUCCAAAAGCCAUGAAGAGAUUAAUGGCAGAGUGCCUCAAAAAGAAAAGAGAUGAAAGACCACUCUUUCCCCAAAUUCUCGCCUCUAUUGAGCUGCUGGCCCGCUCAUUGCCAAAAAUUCACCGCAGUGCAUCAGAACCCUCCUUGAAUCGGGCUGGUUUCCAAACAGAGGAUUUUAGUCUCUAUGCUUGUGCUUCUCCAAAAACACCCAUCCAAGCAGGGGGAUAUGGAGAAUUUGCAGCCUUCAAGUAGUCCCACCAUCAUGGCAGCAUCUACUCUUUAUUUAAGUCUUGUGUUCGUACAGUUUGUUAACAUCAAAACACAAUUCUGUUCCUCAAACCUUUUUUCAAAGAUAUAAAAUUUUCAGUGCAUAAGCUGAUAUGGAACAGACUGGAGUUUCCUUUCCAACAAAAGAGGGAAGAAUGUUUUAGGAACCAGAAUUCUCUGCUGCCAGUGUUUCUUCUUCAGCACAAAUACCACGUGCACACGUCUGCCCACUCCCAGGAUGAAAGGAAAGACCCUGAAUUCUGACCUUUUGAUGGUCAGGCAUGAUGGAAAGAAACUGCUGCUACAGCUUGGGAGAUUUGCUAUGGAAGGUCUGCCAGUCAACUUUGCCCUUCUAACCACCAGAUCAGUCUGUGGCUGGUCAUCCGAUGGGCAGUUUCAAUCACCAAGCAUCGUUCUCUUUCCUGUUCUGGGAUUUUGUUGUGGAGCUCUUUCCCCUAGCCACCACCGGUUAAUUUCUGAGGAAUGGAACAAAAAUGCAGCAUCCCCUUCCUGUGUGGUACAUGUUCAGUUCUUGACAAAUUCUCUCACAGCAAAGCUCUCUUUAUUUAAUUGGAGGUUGAGAGGUGAGGAGGAGUGUGGGGGCAGAGGAAAAGGGAAUGCUGCAUCUUCUUCCUGACCUCCCAGGUCUCUGGCCUCUGGUUGCCUUGCUCACUGGGGCUCUGCCUAACCACACAGGCUGGACAGUGCUGGCACACAUCGCCUUCUUUUCUCAUUGGGUCCAGCAAUGAAGAUGAGGGUUGGGAACUUGUUUCCUCCACAAUGUAGCAGAUUCUCAGGAAAAUACAGUCUAUAUCUUCCUCUAAGCUCUUCCAGUCACUAAGUAUUUAUGUGGCUACUUUGUCCAGGGCCAAAAUGCCAUGGACAGUAUCUAAUUAAAAGCCUACAAAACUGCUUAAAAACAGUUUUGAAUGUGAGAAAUUUAUGUAAUUAAAUGUAAGGUACAGGUUUUAAUUUCUGAGUUUCUUCUAUUAUAUUUUUAUUAAAAAGAAAAUAAUUUUCAGCUUUAAUUGGAGUAAAAUAAUAGUUCCCACCAGAAUUAUAUAGCCUGAAAAUUGUAUUUUUGUUACAUAAACAACUUUUAAAGAAAGAUCAUUAUCCUUUUCUCUACCUAAAUAUGGGGAGUCUUAGCAUAAUGACAAAUAUUUACAAUUUUUAAAUUAAUGGUACUUGCUGGAUCCACACUAACAUCUUUGCUAAUAAUCUCAUUGUUUCUUCCAAUUUAUUCCUACACUACAUCCUACAUUCACUUUCUAGUCUUUUAUCUAGAAUAUGCAACCUAAAAUAAAAAUGGUGGUGUCUCUAUUCAUUCUCCUUCUUCCUUUUUUCCCAAGCCUGGUCUUCAAAAGGUUGGAUAAUUUUGCAGCUGAGUUCCCCAAGCAGAGAAUAGGAAAAUCUUAGGGAUAUCGGGACUGAGGUAGGGUGUGUGAAGCCUAUCAUCAGUUGUUUUUAUAGAAAGAACUGCCUGUGGUAUUGAGAACCUAAAUCAAGAUCUUUGCACAAAUGGAAAAUAUAACCCAGUCAUAGU